AUGUGGUGUCAAUGGGUUAAGUCCUACUUACUUAAGGGUAAGAGUUUUUGUGGGAUUAAGGUGCCCAGUGAUCCCUCCUGGGUUUGGAGAAAACUUUUGUCGCUUAGGGAUUUCAUUUUCCCUAUUAUCAAAUUCAAACUUGGUAAUGGUGAAAAUGUGUUCCUCUGGCAUGAUAACUGGCACCCCUUUGGUUCGCUCUUGCUUCGGUGUGGUCCUAGGAUUUUGUAUGAUUCCAACCUUCCUGACAAUUCUAAGAUUAGUUCAAUUAUCUCAAAUGAUUCUUGGAACUGGCCUUUUCCUAACUCUUGGGAGAUACAGGAAUGGAUUGCUGCCACUCCUCCUUCUCUUAAACCUUCCCUUGAUUCCCCUGAUAUUCUUGUGUGGAGUUUGACUGCUGAUGGCUCCUUUUCUAUUCACUCUGCUUGGGAAUGUUGGAGGGACAAGGGCCCAAAGGUUACUUGGUGGUCUAAUCUCGUUUGGGGUCCUCUUGUUAUCCCUAGGGUUAGUUUCAUUGUGUGGCUGGCUAUCCAUGAGAGACUUAACACUGGGGAUAGGCUCCAAAUCUUUGGUCUUCUUACGAGCCCUAGCUGCCCUUUAUAUUGUGCUCCUGAGGAGAACCACUCCCAUCUGUUCUUUAGGUGCCUCUACUCCUCUAGGAUUUGGGCUGUUAUCCAAGCUAAAUGUAAUUCCCAUUGGCCUUCUUUGCCCUGGUUGGAACUUGUUGAGUUUGCUACUAAAUCAAUCAAUGGUCAGAUUGAUUUUCUUUGA